AUGUCCGGGCCGCUGGGUGUAGGGAACUAUGCUUCGUUUAUCAUUUGGUUUGGUGUUUUAUGCAUUUAUGUGUCACUUCUAACAAUUACAAUACUUGGAGUGGUCUUUAUUUUAAGGAAGCGCAGGUCAUCAAUACUUAAAAGUCAAAGACCACCUCGAACUCCAUUCUCUGAGCUUGAAUUCAAUGUUGCUACACCCACUGACACAACAAAGAGCCGUCGCGUCAGUUUCUCUAAAAGGACUGGUGUAGCGGAAUUUGUUACAAACGAAGCUACUACAACUUGGAAAAAUUUCUAUGAAGAACAUAACAAGUCGCUAGAAACCUCGGGAAAUGAUGCUCAAAAUGGUCAAAGACCUCAAUCUAUUGGUCAAUUAGGUAGACAUAUUUUUGACCAACAGUUUGAAGAAGUUGAAGCUAUAGAUUUUGGAGGAACAUUCCUCCCAACAGAAACACUGGCACAACAAUUACAUAACUCCCUAAAUGUUAAUAUAACUCAGCAGCUGGCUGCAUUAGAAUGUACUGGGGAGAAACUUGCAAUUCCACAACAAAACUUUGAGUUGAGUGAACUAACUGACCAGAGAAGCAAACUUUUUAAUGAUGAACUCACCAUUCCAGCUAUGGCAGAAAUGUCAAACCAAAUGAAUUUUGACUUUUCUGCUAUGCAUAAUAAAUGUGAUGAUCUAGAUGAAAUUCAAAAAGAUUUGAAUAGAGUGCAUCAAAAUGUUGUUGGACCUGCUAAUUUCGGGAAUGUCUCUGAAUAUAUAGAAGUUGACCUCAAUAUGACCAAUGUUGGUGUAAGAAAUGAUGAUGAUAUGUCUAUAACUGAGACAGUUCAUAUCCCGAAAGUACAAGAAGUAGUGAAGUCAGCAUCAAAGAAAUCAAUUACAACAUUUAGUUUAGACGAUAAAGAGAAUAUAGCUCUUAAUCCAUAUGCACCAAUUUGUGAAAGUGAAAAUUUUGCGAUAGAAGAAAAAAAUGAAGUAUUAGUUUUUGAUGGCAAAAAAUUAACUGUGCAGAUUGAGAAAAAAAGUAUUUGUGCACCUGUCUCUUUAGAAUCACGACCAAGAAAGACAAUAAUACUUAAUACAGAUGAUGAUUUGCCUAAUUUCAUAUCAGAUCGAAAUCCAUGUUUAAAAUUACAAGAAGUUGAUCAACAAAACCUGGAUGAUGUGUCUAGAUGUAGGACAACAUUGUUUGAAGAUAAAUCCAUGACCCAAGCUUUACCUGGUAAAGUUAUAGAAGCUAUACCUGUAAACAUUGAUCAGAAUGAAGCACAAAUUAACCCAGAAAGAGGAAGGACUAUUAUCUGCAAUGACGACUGUAACAUGUCUACAACUCAAGUUAUAUCUACAAAAAUAUACAAUCAAGACCAAAAAGUAGUGCAGAAUAAUGCAGAAAGAAGAAGAACUAUUGUCUAUGGUAAUGACUGUGAUAUAUCUAUGACACAAGCCCUGUCAAGUAAUGUUAUUAUUGAUGCCUACACUGCACAGGCAAACGAAAAGAGACAAACAAUUGUCUUUGAAAAUGAUGGAGAUUUAUCAUUAACACAGGCUGUUCCUAAUAUAAAAGUUAUGCAUAACAAAGAAAAUCCUUCAGAGGCUAAGGUAGAAAAGAGACGAACUAUUAUUUUUGAAAAUGAUGAAGAUUUAUCAUUAACACAGGCUGUUCCUACUAUAGAAGUUAUGCAUAACAAAGAAAAUCCUUCAGAGGCUAAGGUAGAAAAGAGACAAACUAUUAUUUUUGAAAGUGAUGGAGAUUUAUCAUUAACACAGAAUAUUCCAACUGUAGAAGUUAUGCAUAACAAAGAAAAUCCUUCCGAGGCUAAGGUAGAAAAGAGACGAACUAUUAUUUUUGAAAAUGAUGGAGAUUUAUCAUUAACACAGAAUAUUCCAACUGUAGAAGUUAUGCAUAACAAAGAAAAUCCUUCCGAGGCUAAGGUAGAAAAGAGACGAACUAUUAUUUUUGAAAAUGAUGGAGAUUUAUCAUUAACACAGAAUAUUCCAACUGUAGAAGUUAUGCAUAACAAAGAAAAUCCUUCCGAGGCUAAGGUAGAAAAGAGACGAACUAUUAUUUUUGAAAAUGAUGGAGAUUUAUCAUUAACACAGAAUAUUCCAACUGUAGAAGUUAUGCAUAACAAAGAAAAUCCUUCCGAGGCUAAGGUAGAAAAGAGACGAACUAUUAUUUUUGAAAAUGAUGGAGAUUUAUCAUUAACACAGAAUAUUCCAACUGUAGAAGUUAUGCAUAACAAAGAAAAUCCUUCCGAGGCUAAGGUAGAAAAGAGACGAACUAUUAUUUUUGAAAAUGAUGGAGAUUUAUCAUUAACACAGAAUAUUCCAACUGUAGAAGUUAUGCAUAACAAAGAAAAUCCUUCCGAGGCUAAGGUAGAAAAGAGACGAACUAUUAUUUUUGAAAAUGAUGGAGAUUUAUCAUUAACACAGGCUAUUCCUACUAUAGAAGUUAUGAAUAACAAAGAAAAUCCUUCAGAAGCUAAGGUAGAAAAGAGACGAACUAUUAUUUUUGAAAACGAUGGAGAUUUAUCUAUCACACAAGCAAUUCCUACAGAUAUCAUAAAUAAUAAAGUACCAGUAGAAACUCAACCGGAAAGAAGGCGAACUGUAGUCUUUGAUAAUGACGGUGAUAUAUCAAUAACAGAAGCUCUCCCUACAAAUAUAGUUAAUACCUUAAGCAGAGAAGGUUUAGCCAAGAUUGAAGAAAAAAUGAAUACUAUUGUGUAUGAAAACGAUGACAUAUCUACUAUGCAAGCUGUGUCGAACCAUUUAUUAAUGAAUGCUAAUAAAUGUGAAACUACAAAUAAAAGAAGAACUAUUGUCUAUGAAGAUGAUGGUGAUAUAUCAAUGACGCAAGCAGUUCCAGCAAAAAUAUAUCAAAGUCACAAUAAUAUAAUAAAAACGGUUCCGAGUGAAAUUCCUCCACCACAAAUAGAUAAUUAUACUCAAAAUAAAACGCAGAAUUAUGAAGAUUUGGAUAUUUCAGUUAAUCAAACACGACCACAAAAUAUCCUGUCAAAGAGAAGAACAAUUUGCAAUGAAGAUGACUUAUCUAUGACUCAAGCCAUACCUUCAAACAUGUUAAAUAAAAAUAAGACUGUUAUGUAUGACAACAAUAUGGAUAUAUCUAUUACUCAAACAAUUCCACAGAGUGUCUUUAUAGCCCAGAUAGGAAAACAGACACCUCUUUCUACCAAUGAGGUCACAAGAGAUCAAACACAACCCGCACAAAUACUUCCCAGAAUUGAAAGUGCACUUUUACGGGAAUGUCAAUCUACAAUUCAAAAUGUAAACAAUUUACAAGCAGAAGCUAAAAGAGACAUUUGUGUUACCCAAUCUGAAAAUAAAAUCACAGAAACUAAAAUGGUAGAAUUAAAUAGCAUGGUAUUGCCAGAAAUUUUGGUAGAAAAUAUGGACAUAUCGGACAAUGUCCCUUCUCACCCUACGGACUUCAAUAUGUCAGUCGAUGAACUUAAAAUAGAAGAGAAACAAUUUCAAAGUGAAUUUAGUAAACCUAUUAAUGAGCCAGAUAAACCUGUUUACGGUAAUCUUUCACUUAAUAAAUCUAUACCAAGUAAUAUCCUAACUCUAGAACAGAAUGUGGAAAAUAAACAAAGAAAAUCACAACAUUAUCACGAAUCUCUACGUGGCAACCAAGCUUUUGUUUAUCAAUCUAUAACAAGUGUAAAAAUUUCUGAUCAAGAAGGGAAUGGAAGUUCAAAAAUACUUACAGAAAAGCCAUCGAGAGAGUCUAUCAAAGAAAACUUAUCAUUCAUUAAGUCUGAGAAUAACUUACGUCUAACGGACGUAUGUGUACCUUUAGAUAUUACCGAGUCCAUUGAUAGAGAUAAACAAAUAGAAGAAAUAAAAUCAGAUUUUGAAAAGCCGAAGGUUUGUGUUACUGGAUCAAUUUCAUCUCAAAUUUCAACAAAAACUAAGAAAUCAAUAUUAAACGUAUUGCUAGAUAUGUCGACUGGAUCGGAAGAGUGUUUGGGUGACAAAAAUAUUAAUGCCGUUCUAGAAAGUAGAAGUGACGACAUAAAAGUCGUUCAAGAUGUACACGAAGACAUAAAUAUUGCUGAAAUAAGAUCGAGUGAUGUAUUCAGAAUAACAAGAGGUAGUUUUGAUGGACCGGAAUUGGAAGAAUUUAAAACAAAAACUGAAAUUGAAGAGGCGCCUGCGAUUAAGUUUGAAGAAAAUGACGUUGAUGAUUUUAAGAUCACAUUGCAAACUUUAAAAACUAUAUCCAAAAAUAGACAUUACGAACAAGUGGUGAGCGAAGACAUAGAAGAACCAGAUUUGAAUAAAACAAAUACAAGAAAAUCUUUUAAGAAUGCGGACGAUACACGGGAGUUAUUACAAAUGCUCUCUGAGUUCACUGAUCGGCCAGCUCUGUCACCAACUAUUGAAGAAGAUAUGUAUUUAAAAGAAGAGGAAAAGUAUGGAGAGACACAAACUGAGCCACGAAGAAUUAGUUUUGCUGCUAACAGACGAUCUAUUGUUCUCAGCAAAGAAGAACUUUUUAAUAACAUUUCAAUGGCUCAAGCUGCACUACAGGAAUCGCGUUACCUAGACGAUACUUUCGAUGUAGCGACUGAGAUGUCUAAUGGAACAAUAGAUAUUGAGGACAGAAACCAGAAAUCUUUAAGAAUAAGCAGUGAUGUGGUUAAAGAGCUUAAAUAUGAUGACACAGAAGAUGAUUUAGUGGUUUCGCCGUUGAAGAAAACUGCGUUCGGUGAAACAACUUAUAUGAACGAAAGUAAAGAAAAAUCUAAAGUUAUACCGACUUACGAUGUUACAGAUGGUAUUAAAGAACUAAUGAAUGAUUUGGUUAAGCCAAUGGCUGAUAUUCUACCCUUCGAGGCUGGCAAUUUAGAUACAUCAACGAAAAAAUCACCGUCAACAAUCAGUACACAAAUACAAGCCAAUCUUAUAACUUCGAGUCAAAUUGAUAUAGAUGUUGAACUACAAUCGACUCCAGAUUCAGUUGCGGAUAUGGGUUCAUCGUUGCUUAACAAAGUUGCUUCUCUGGGUAGUAAAGCGAUAGCCAGCGUCUUCCCAGGACCAAAGUUAGAUGAUGAACAACCAGAAAAAACUAAAUCUCCAAGAAAUCGACCAAGUGUGCCAGGACACGUACUUGUGUUCGAUCCCAGAAAUCCAUUAAACAAUGUUAUAUUAUCUACUAGGGAUUACGAAAACGUUCACGCCUACAAUCCUAUAAGAUCAUCUGAAACGCUUCAUUCUGAACGAGAACAUUCCGUACAAUUGACUGACUCUAACGAAGAUAAGGGAAGGGUUGAAACACAAUACAACGUUAACGUGUCUAUCGCAUCAGGUGACGCUGGCUCGCAAAUCAAUAGAAGCAAUACGUCCAUAAAGAGUAAACCACUAUCUAUAGAUCGAUCAGUGGAAAUGAAACUGAACAUAAGAGAUAAUGAAAUUAACACGGAAAUAGCUAUGAAACCGAAUUCAGAACUUUUGGACGCACAUUCAUCACUCACGUUGGUGGAUGACGCGUUAGCACGGAGCACUUUUGAGGUCGACUUAGAUACGCGCACAGAAUCUGAUGUUAAGACGCCGGUACGGGUUAUAUAUGAAAUGGAUGAGAACGGAUGUCUGUCGGAGAAGCUGGAAUCGGAUUUGACGUCAAACGAAGAUGUAGAAGUCGAUCAUCCGAAGAAGCGCGGCCUCAGUCCCUGUGUGCCAAAAACAGAUUUGACCCCAAAGCCGCGAAGUAAAAUACAGAAAAUGUCACGGACAAGAACAAGUCCAAAGAAACCGAUAACCGUUCAGGAGAUUAUGACAGAGUUCAAUAUUACGAAGAGAGAACAAACAGCGAUCGUGAAACAAGUGAAUAAGGCUGUAGAUUUUGAAAUGAGAAGCGUGACGUCACACGAGAGUACGCAAAGUGCGAAAUCAGAGCGGGAAUACAGCAGUGACUCUUCGAGGAUAGAUUUCAGAAGCAUUAGUGAACAAAGCUCUAAGAAUAUGUUCGAAGAGUGCGAAUCCAGUACCAACGUUGUUGCAAAGAUUGACAUGUUGCCGUUUAUGGGAAGUCGUGACUGCGAGUGGGAAGCUACUUCCGGUGACAUAUGGACCUUCCUGUUGCUUCGAUCGCGUGUAAGGGUGACUGUCAAACACGAACAUAGUUAUUUCAACGCGUCUAGAACGAGUGUGAGAGCUGAUACCCCGGUUAUGGCUGUGAAUGUCGAAAUGGUUAAUAAUGAUGAGAAAGACCCGCUUAUCGCCCUAUGCCUACGUCUAGCGACGCAAUCCAUGCGAUACGAGUGCUCUCGUAAGUGUGCGACGGCGGGCGAAGUGCCGAUGAUGCUGAAGCGUUGCGUGUCUGUGUCUAAAACUGCUGUUCAGUGGUUGAAAGCCAUGCGAGAUGCUAUGCUAAGGCUGGCCUUUCAGGUGGAUAGGGACGGGUGUCUUACUUUAAAGGUGGCAAACAUACGCCUCCGUUCCGUGUGGGAAGUCUCAAUGCGUAUAGAGCUGACAGUGGAAGACGCACACGAGACGGCGUGGCCAUGCGCCAAUUCCAUUGGCAUUUCGACGAUCGUCGCCGAUGUGGAUGUGGCCGCGGAUUCCUUGAAUGGUUUAAUUAAGAAUGUGCCCCAUGAUUGGGGACAUGUGCCGAGGACCAUUUGGAAACUCUUUAAGUACCUCAAAAAUAAGCCGCGAGAUGAUGACUUCUACGGGAUUAAUAUAUUAAAUAUGGUUAAAUAG